GACACGCGAUGGAAAGCGUAAAUAUUUACAUUUCUUGAGUGUUUGUGAGAGUAAUUUUUAUUUAUAAUCAUGAUAGACGGAAACAUUUCCAUGGAGGAGGAUACAGAAUUACGAGAUUUGGUGGUACAAACACUUGAAAACAAUGGUGUUCUUGCAAAAGUCCGGGCGGAACUCAGGGCAAGUGUGUUCUUAGCUCUAGAAGAACAAGAAUCUGUAAUGAAUCCUGAACCACUUCUCAAUAAAACUGUAAAACAGUACCUGGCUAAUUCAGAGGGAAAAUUAUUGUUUUCCUUGGUUAGGGAGUUCCUAGAAUAUUUUGGUCUUGAUUAUACAAUAUCUGUAUAUGAUCCAGAAACUUAUUUUGGAAAAGAAUAUAAUUAUGUUGGAAGAAAUAAAUUAUGUGAAGAAUUAGGUAUUGAAUCCAAUGAGCCAUUGCUUGGAGAAAUUUUAAAAAAUAGCAUGAACAGUGCCUUUAAUAACACACAGAAGAAUGAAACUGACAGCAAAUUUAGUACAACUGAAACUACAACAAAUAUUGCUAAUGCCACAUUUGAAAUUUCCAUUCCAAAAGUAUUAAAUAAUGAAACUACAUCAUUGUCAAAUGAUAAUGAUGUAUCGGAUAAAUUAGAAAGCAUUUCACAGCAAAGUCCAAAACUUCCAAUAAAUGUGACAAUAACUGAUAAGAAAAAUAAAGAAACAUCUGUUCAUGUUUCAAUAGAUGAUUUAAAGUGUGAGAUGCAAAAUGAUUCUCUCAGGAAUAGUACAACUUCUGAAUACAAUGAAGAGAACGAUGGAAUUGAUAGCAAAGGGAACAAUAGUAUGAAUUUUGAUACACUCCCUAAAAGUCCAAAUGGCACAAGUACAGUGAUGAAUCAUACAACAAAGGAGACUGAGAUAGAUACACUCAUUCAAACAAGUUUACUAAAUAAAACCGAGCCUUUAAUUAAGUUUGAUGAAUCUAUAGUUACUGAAAUGCAAACAAAUCAAAAUGAAGAUAUAAGUAAGCAAAAUAAUAUAAAUAGUUUGGAAUUACAAAUAGUAAAUAAUAUACAAAACAGAAAACCAGUUAAUACUGGAAACAGUUUUGGAAAAACUGUAUACUUCGAAGAAAUUAUUGUUGAUGGAAAAAGAGAGAAUAUUAAUGAUAUACGUAAUACUGAUACCUUUUUACAAGAUUUACCAUCUUUAGAUAAAAAAUCACAUUCUAUACUUAGCGAUCUCCCACCAUUAAAUGGUAAAAAAACUAAUAUUAAUGAUUUGAAGGAAUUGAUGGAUAUUGGGCUUGGAACUGAUGGUAUAGAUAAUUAUGAAGAAGAUUUUGUUUCAUCUGCGUCUGGUAGUGCUUAUGAUCAAAGUCCUUCGAAGGAUCCUGAAAAAUCAGAUAGUCCAAUAAAAUUACAAACGAAAAAACAAGAUAAAAUUCACAGUACUAAUAGCGAGGACAUAAGUGAAGAAAUUGAAGAUAUAAAUGAUAUACUAAGCAGCACAUCAUGUCUUGAAGAUAUAAACAUGGAUAAAAACAUGUCAAAUUUUGCAACGGGUAUUACAACAAAUUGUGCAAAGGAACUGUAAUUCAUAAAUUGCACUAGAGAAUUACUGUAAGAACUAAAAUGUUAUUUCAUUUAGAGCAUUGAUAUUCAAUAUCCUCCUAUGUCAGGGCAUCAAGUAUAUUAAUGCAAAUUGCUAUGAAUUCAUAAAUUUGCAAAAUUAUUUUGGUUUCUAACAUGGCACUGCCGUUUGUGGCUCAAUACUUAUAAGUUCCCUACAAAAAAACGUAGAAGGGAAAUGUCUGAAUAUAUAUUUAUAAAUGUUAUAUUUUCACUACUUUAUAAGAACUUUUUGUCAAAAAUGUAUUUUUAUAAAUCAUGAAUUUCAUUUUAACAGUAUUUAAGAAAAAUAAUUUUUAAACAAAAAAUAUUCUACGAAUGAUAUUAUAUUGGUUAUGACACGAGAAAACUCAACUUUUUAUAAAAAUAUUACACAAAUUUUAUUAAAAAAGAUGAGAUGUUAUAAACUGCCAUUACUCUCUGCUAUUAUUGUAAUAAAGUGUUAAAUUAUAUUUUUAGUAAUUGAGAAUAUUAAAAAUAAGGAUCAUAUAAAAGUUCCAUUAAAAAUUUUUUAUAAAAUACACGUUGUAAACAUAUUUAUAAUUUUAUAAUGUAAUAAGAAGUAGUUACUUAAAAAUUCAAACAUUAAGUUGAUAUCAAAAACAAAGAAACACUAUUUAAUUAAAGUGAAUAUACUAUUAAAUCAUCUUUUUAAGUUAUGAUACAUUAUUAACUAAAUUAGAAGAGUAAUAUUAAAACUCUUGCUUGUAAGCUUUCAGACAAACUGCCUUCUACGUUAUUCUGUAAAUAUGUCUAGUAUUAUUACUUAUAAAGCCAAUUAUCUCAAUGUUAAAAUAUCUUAAAAAAGUGAAAAGUAAUCAGUUACAUUAAUGGUUGUUGAAUACUUAGUUAUAUCUUUCUGAAAAAAUUUUGUAACAAUUUUGUUAUGUUUAUCAAAAUAAUUCCUGUGUCUGAUUUUAUGACUGAAAUAUCAUUACCUCAUUUAACUAAAGUUACUGGUAUAGUAUUGAUAGCAAUAUCAGUAAAUCAUCCGUCUAAAAAUGGAUUGCCUAAAAAAUAUAUAAAAUUAUUUUUCUUCAAAGAUAAUGGUGCUAAAUGCAUAAAACGAAAAGUAUUUAUAAAAGUUGAAGUUGAUAUUCAAUGAAAGAUUAGGUGCUUAUAUGUUUUCUUGCAUCCAUGAAUCGUAAUAUUUAAAUAACUAAUGAGAGCUUUAGACUAAGUAAUUUAAUUUUUGGGCAAUCCAAUAUCUUGAUAAACAUAUUGUUAUAAUUAUACUAUGCCCCAAAUAAGAUGCAAUAACUAAGUACAAUUCAUAAUGGAUCAACUGGAUGCUUGACAAAUCAAAAUCUGUUUGUACAGCCUGCUUCCUUCACAAAACUUUGAGUAGCACACAAUUACUGUAAUGUCAUCAAUAGUAAAUAUUGUAAAUGAUUCAAACAAAGAGAUUUCAUACUUGAUUAAUACGCCUUAAAAUUUUAAUUGUAUAACAAGAGUUUAUUUAUAAUAUUAUAAUUAUGUCAUUAACUUAUUCUAUAUACCAUAUAACUCUAGUUCUACAUAACUAGAAAAUUGCUGUUCUUAUUAUAAAAUUAUCUAAGAUAUACACAUAAAUAAACAUAUUAUUUUUAGUAAAAGAAAAUACCGUUAAAACAUAUUUUAAUUUUCAUCUUAUUUUUUAUAACACAUAUUAAAAAAUAAGUUGUUUAUUUAGAAAUUAUAUCAUUAAUCAUAUAAAUCAUUUGAAUGAAGUAAAAUCUUUACUUUUACAGUAUUAGGUAUAAUGAAAUCCCUUAGUUUGAAUCAGUUUUUAUUUCUAUGUAUAUAUUAAAGCAGGUGUGUUCCUGACCAAUCAACGUGGUUACAUUUUAAUAUUGAUAUAACAUAUAAUUUUAUAAAAGCAAUUUCAGGAUGAUACUGAACAUUCCUACACUUUAUAGAAUGUAAAAUAUAGAUACAUUCCAUUGUUAUUAAGAUUAUUGCACUUUUGUUGUAUUGUUAGCAUUAGUAAAGAAAUUUACAUAAGUAUUUUUCACCAUAAAUUAUAAGAGAGAAGAAGGGAGAGAGUAAUUUAAGAAAUGUUUCACAAUUUAUCACAAUAUAUCGACAAAUUUUAUUUCACAUUCUGAUGGAACUAGAAAGUGUUUUUGUGUAAGCAUUUCUAUUGCAGGGUACACAAACAUUUUUAUAUUUAUGUAGUUUUGGAAAUGAUUUCAAUUAAUCCUAAGCUGAUUAAUAUGAAAUCUCGCAUUUCAUAUGCGUUUUGGUAUAUAUGGGAGUCUUGUUAUAUAUAUAUAAAUAUAUAUAUAUAUAGGAUGAAUUAAUAAGAAUUCUUACCUGAAAUGCCUCAUUAUUAUUAAAAGACGUCUCAUAUGAAAUGCAUAGUAGAGUCAAAGGGUGCCAUUCAAUUAAUGUAUUUUAACUUCCUUACACCCCCUCAAAGGCAAUGUACUUUGUAUGAAAUACUUUUUAAUCAAAUCAAUGGAUAAGAGGAUAUUUCAGAUAACAAUUUUCAUUGGUUCACUCUGUAUAUAAAUACUUCUUUCUUUUUCCCUUUGGAAAAUUCAUAAGAUUAAUACAUAAUCUUUUAUUUUCUAUACCAAACAUAUAAGUAGGUACAGUAUAAAAGAGGUUGAAAAGAUAUAUUUUUUAAAAUUAGAAAAAAUAUUAAUGAAUUUCUUUUUUAUACACAUAUAUAUCUACACCUAUAUACACAUAUCUUUGCAGCUGUUUUUUGAUAACAAAAAGAUAUGUAUAACUAAUAACAUCGAUUUGUUAUGUUACAAACUGUCUGUAUUGAUCUGUAUAUAUGAUAAUGGCAUAUAAUGCACUGGUAUGCAAAUUAAUUAUAGAUUUUGCAAACAUUGAUAUGAAAUAGUUGUAAUUAUUGUUAUUUACUAAUUUAUAUUAUCAAAUUGAACAGAUAAAGUAUUAAUAAACCACUCACAAUAUUUUUUCAUACAGUUCUAGAGAUUUAUUUUUGUAACCACGUUGAAGUAUUGGUAGCUAUAUUGUGCCUUUUAGUGUGUAUGAAUAAGAAACAAUGCAAAUACAUACUAUGGAAUUGCGGGAUUUACAAAAUACCUAAGUUACUUAUUUAUGAUUUUGAAGUACGAUGUAACAAUAUUCAUGUAUAUGUUAUUUAUUUUAUAAAGAUUUUUCUCUUUUGCAA